AUGCAUUGUUUAGAAAAUGUCCGAUUCCGCAAUAUCAAUCCAGAAGUGGACAAAACUUGGUAUCGCAGUGUUAUCAAGUACCUGCAGAAAAAGUGUUUAGCCUUCGACGACAUUCAUGCUAACAUGGUCGCUGUAUUAGGAGAUGAUGCUCCAACUUUAUUAACAGUGCAAAAGUGGGCAACUGAAUUUAAGAGGCAAAGGGAGAGUGUUGAAGAUGAUCCAAAGUCCGGACGCCCCGCAACAGCCACUAGCGAAGAAAGCAAUGGUCGUGUUCAUCCCAUAGCGAUGGAUGAUAGGGGUUUGACUAUAAAUCAAUUUGCCAGUGCUAUUAGAAUAUCCCUUGACAGACCUGAGAAUAUUUUGCACAAUACAUUUGGUGUGACGAAGAUUUUACUCGCAUAUAAUAUUUACAUCACGGAAUACUUAGAGUCCAUAUUACAUGAAGCUAUUACAAAUAAUCUCUUGGAUACAAUCAUUGAGAUUAUUCACCUUAAGCCAUAA